AUGACAGACCCUCACACUCGUCAAUACUCCCACAUCGGAGGCAGCCCCGCCGAGCUCCUCGACCGCCUCGCCGUCUCGGAACUCUGCAAGGGCUGGCCUACGACCUGGAGCGGCGCUCUGCCCAUUGAUGACUUCAUCCGCAUCUCCAUCGAGGGAAAGAAGAUGGGCGACUUCAUCAUGCACCGCGAGUGCGGCACCCUUGUAGAGCUGAACCUCGCGGCCAAUCGUGCUGUCGGGAAGAUGAAGGCGACCAUCACCCAGCGAUUCAAGCACCGCGACGGCUUCGAAUACGACGUCGACUGCGACUGCCGCUUCAUCUUCUUCUGCGAGAGAGAAAAGGUCGGUCGCUGCAAAGGCGGAUACGAACGGCGAGACUGGAAAGCGGCAUUUGUAAAGCUCGUCUACGAGAAAGACAAGGUCGUGCCCGUGGAUGGGACAUCUGCGCCCGCCUUCGCCGACGAGGUGCUGGCGAGGUACCCAACGGGCUACAAAUACCUCGGUGCCGCGCAGAGUACUCUGGGAUACGACAUUGAUGUCAAGCUAGUCACGGGGCAGGACCUAGGGUCGUGCGAGAAGAUGUAUCGCAGUAUAGAAAGUUGGUUGGCAGGAGAGCAGGGGGCAGUUGGUCUCUUCUACUGA